CUUCGAUUAUAAGUACCACCUCCAGUUUAUGAAGUUGAGACCAGUUACUGAACGCUCCUGUGAGUUGUACACUUUUCUCACUCACGAUCUCUACUCUUGAUCUUGAUCAUUAUGCCGAUCAGAAACAUUGCCGUUGGCCAUCCCCGUGAGGCCACCCAUCCCGACGCCCUAAAAGCUGCCUUAGCAGAGUUUAUCUCUACUCUAAUCUUUGUGUUCGCCGGUGAAGGCUCAGGCAUGGCCUUCAACAAGCUCACUGAUAACGGUUCCACUACCCCCGCUGGCCUUGUUGCCGCCUCCCUUGCUCAUGGUUUUGGUCUUUUCGUUGCCGUUUCCGUCGGAGCCAACAUUUCCGGUGGUCACGUUAAUCCCGCUGUCACUUUCGGUGCUUUCGUUGGUGGCAACAUCACCCUCCUGCGUGGCAUCCUCUACUGGAUCGCUCAGCUUCUCGGAUCCACCGUCGCUUGCCUCCUGCUUAAAUUCUCCACCAACGGCAUGACCACGUCAGCUUUUUCUCUGUCAUCAGGAGUUGGUGUAUGGAACGCAUUCGUCUUCGAGAUCGUGAUGACUUUUGGUUUGGUAUACACCGUAUACGCCACAGCCAUUGACCCAAAGAAGGGCAGUGUGGGAAUUAUUGCCCCAAUUGCAAUCGGUUUCAUUGUGGGCGCCAACAUCUUGGCCGGUGGAGCUUUUGAUGGAGCUUCAAUGAACCCAGCCGUGUCUUUUGGGCCAGCCUUGGUGAGCUGGACCUGGGAAAACCACUGGGUCUACUGGGCUGGUCCAUUGAUCGGCGGUGGGCUUGCCGGCCUCGUCUACGAGUUCUUUUUCAUUAGCAGCUCACACGAACAGCUGCCAACAGCAGCCGAUUACUAAGCAAUGAACGCAAACCAAGUGACACGCGCGGCUCUUCUGUUCCUUGUGUAUUUAAUUUGUUUAUGAGGGUUUCUAUUUGUCUUUUAAAAUUUGUUGUUUAAUCCUGAGCGUUGAUCUGUUUUUCAAUCGUGAUGAUCUUCAUCACCAUCACCACUGAAAUGUUGUACCGUGUGAUUAUGCUGUGUUAUUUUGCUCUGGGUUGUAUGAUUUAAUUGCUAGUUAUUUUGUAAUUGUCA